CCUGUUUUUCCCUUCUCCCACAAAAUAUUAACCAAUCAAAACGUUCCCCCACUCUUAGUGAAAAGAGGAAAGGGAACUUUUUCGUUGGUGGGGGACCUGAGAUUUAGUAUAUAUUCUCGUGCACAGAGACUAAGCAUCACUCAUCGUUCAGUCCAUCAGCUGUAGUGCGCCCAGUCUUAGAAACCAACAAAUAUUAAAAAUGGGUUUUGCAAAAGCAAAAAAACUUCAAAAAGCUAACGAACGCAAAUCAUUAAAAGAUUUUAAGAGAAAAGUAGUUUAUAAAAUUACUAAAGUAGCGAGAUUUCCAACAUCAAAGUAUGGUCCAGCACUAACAGUUGAAAUCAACAAUGAAAAUUAUGCAUAUCUACCAAAAAGAUUUGCUACACAUUUCAAUCAAGAUGAUCAAGAAUUUAAGGAGCUAGAAAAUGCUGUCAAGAAAGGAACACUAACCAUGGUUCUUGAUGGUGAAAAUAACCAAGAUGUAAUAUUAGAUGAUAGUACAUAUGAUCUACGUGAUUUCGAUGAUGAUGAGGAAAUGUGAAUAAAUAAAUAAAUAAAUAAAUACACUAAAUCAAAUUAUUUUCGUUUGUUUUUAUUUAAUUAAAACCAUAGGUUACAAUUAAUUUAUGUUAACUUAUGUACUAUUCCACUUAUUGGUCUAUAUUCAAUUAUUUUAUCAUGUAAAAUUAAGCAAUAUGCUGUCGUUCCUUGA